GGCCGCUGCAGGGCAACACCCCGGCGUCCCUGGAAGCGGGGUGCCGGGGUGGUGCUGGGAAGGCUGCGCAGACCCCGGAACCGUCGCCCAGAACUUCCCGGGGUAGCGGAUAGGUGUUUGAGCCCAGACCAAUCAUGGCCGCACGACCCAUCCGCAUUGGAGACCAGCUGGUCCUGGAGGAAAAUUACGAUGAGACCUACAUUCCCAGUGAACAAGAAAUUCUUGAAUUUGCCAGAGAGAUUGGUAUCGAUCCCAUCAAGGAACCGGAACUGAUGUGGCUGGCAAGGGAGGGCAUUGUGGCCCCACUGCCUGUGGAGUGGAAACCCUGCCAGGACAUCACAGGUGACAUUUACUAUUUCAACUUUGCUAAUGGGCAAUCCACGUGGGACCAUCCAUGUGAUGAGCACUAUCGGAACUUGGUGAUCCAAGAGCGGGGGAAGCUGUCAACUCCUGGGGCCAUUAAGAAGAAAGACAAAAAAAAGAAAAAGGAAAAGAAAGACAAGAAGGACAGAGAGACCUCCAAAAAUGUCCUGGCCCUGGGUUCCUCAUUAGCCCCAGUUCACGCUCCUCUUGGGGGCCUGGCUCCUUUACGAGGCCUUGUGGAUGCCCUACCCCCUACUCUUUGUGGAUCUCAAAAUCUGAGCCUGGGGAGCUCAGUGGAGUCUGGUCAGCUUGGAGAACACAGGCAGGGACUCAAGACAUCAGCCUUUGCAAAAGGUCUCUUGGGCUCUAUUCACGAGGACAAGAAUACUCUCAACCUCUUGGCUUUAGGGGUGGAGAACGAAGAGGAGGAGAGUGAAAACCAGAGUGUCCGGAGCUCAAGUGAGCUCCUUAAGAACUUGCACCUGGAUGUUGGAGCCCUUGGGGACGACUUUGAGUAUGAGGAGUCUCCAAGAACAAGCGAGCCAGGGGAGAAGAAGGUUGUUUCUCCGGAUUCAGAUGCUUCAGGUCUCCUUACUUCUAGCAAGCAUUUCAGCCAAGGUGCAGACAGCAGUCUGAGCAGUGCUGAUGGCAAAGGACGACAGGGAAGAGGGGCAAGUCCUGGGCUCCCAGAAAAAGCAGAGAAUGAGAAGAGCGAACCUGGGGCUUCCAGGAGUUUGGUGCCCUCCAAGGUGGGCCCAGGGGGUGAUGAGUCUGCCAAAGCUUCUAAAAAGGAGGCACCAGAGGACACAGUGAAUGCAGGAGAGGAGUGUUCCAGGAGAGAAGAGGUGAAGGAGACAAAGAAGGAAUCGUCUGCCCCAAAAGAGAGUAGAUCAGAUGCCAGCCAGGAGUCAGAGAUCAGUGAACAAGUGAAGGAACUGCAGCUCUCAGAGUCCACAGCUUCUGACCUCAAGUCCUUCUGUGGCCUGGACUUUGGUUUUCGCAGCCGGAUCUCAGAGAACCUGCAGGAUGUUGACAUGCUCUCUCCGGUACUGGAUGGAGCCCAGAGGGAGGCUCAGGAGAUAGGAAAAGAAGACAAGGAUGACAACCAGUCCAACCAGGAUGAGCUACAGAGCAAGCAGUCGGAAGGCCUGGAGAGGUUAUCUCCUCCACUUCUGCAUGGGGAACAGCUCCAGAGUCCCCUUCAUAGCCAGUCUACUGAAGAGGGGCCCUUGCAGUCCCCUCAGCGGCAGCCUGAAUGGAAGGAGGCCGAGGAACCUGGGGAGGACUCUGUAGCCAGCCCCAGCCCACUGGUUUCCCUUCAGAGGGAGCUGGCCCCAAGCCUGUCUGCCACCCAUGAGAGGGGCAAGGAGCAGCACUCCCAGGCCGAGGAGCUGGGCCCUCGGCAGGAAGAGGCAGAGGAGCUCAAGGAGAAGGUGGCGGUCAGUCCUACCCCACCGGUCUCUCCAGAGGUGCAAUCCAUAGAGCCUGUGGCUCCCCCAAAGCAGCUCUCAGAGGCUACACUAAAGGCCAUGGAAGAGGCUGUGGCCCAAGAACUUGAGCAAGAGGAGAGGCGGCUGUUGGAAUCCAAGCAAGAAAAGAUGCAGCAGCUGCUGGAGAAACUGCAGCGGGAAGAGGAAGAGGAGAUGCUCUGGCUUCACCAGCAGAAAGAGAAGGCGCUCAGUUCCCUGAAGGAGCAGCUGCAGAAAGCCACCCAGGAGGAGGAGGCCCGGAUGAGAGAGGAGGAAAGCCAGAGGCUAUCCCGGCUCCAAGCCCAGGUCCAGGCCAGUGCAGAAACAGACGCGGACCGAAUCAGGGCCGAGCAGGAGGCUUCCCUGCAGAGGCUGAGAGAAGAAUUAGAGUCUCAGCGGACGGCUGAGAGGGCUAGCUUGGAACAGAAAAACAGGCAAAUGCUGGUGCAGCUCAAGGAGGAGAUGGAGGCAUCGGAGAAGAGUGAGCAGAUUGCCCUGAAUGCCAGGAAGGAGAAGGCUCUGCGGCAGCUGCAGGAGCAGCUGGAAAGGGAAAGGAAAGAAGUGGUGGCAAGGCUAGAGAAGGAGCACAGUGCUGAGCUGGAGCAGCUUUGCUCCUCACUGGAGACCAAGCACCAGGAGGUGGUCUCCAGCCUCCAGAAAAAGAUAGAGGAAGUUCAGUAUAAAGAGGAGGCCCAUCUGCAGGAGAGCCUUGGGCGGGUAGAGCAGAGAGCUUUCCAGAAGGUUCACCAAGUGAUUGAGUAUGAGCAAGAGCUCAGCAGUCUCCUACGAGAGAAGCGCCAAGAAAUAGAAAGGGAGCACGAGAGGAAGCUGGACAAGAUGAAGGGGGAGCACCAGCAAGUGGUGGAGGAGGCCAGGGAGCAGUACGAAGCCGAGGAGAGGAAGCAGCGGGCUGACCUCCUGGGGCACCUGACUGCGGAGCUAGAGCGCCUCCGGAAGGCCCAUGAGCGAGAGUUGGAGACCAUGAAGCAGGAGCAGGAGAAGCAUCUGGAGGACUUGCGGCGCCGGCACCGGGAGCAGGAAAGGAAGUUCCACGAUUUAGAGAUGGAAUUGGAAAUGAGAACUAAAGAUGUCAAGGCCAGAUUGGCUCAGCUGGAUGUUCAGGAGGAGACUGCCCGGAAGGAGAAGCAGCAGCUGCUCCAUGUGCAGCGGCAGGUUGCUCUGGAGAACGAGGAAGCCACAGCCACCCAUCAGCACCUGGAGGAGGCAAGGAAGGAGCAUGCCCACCUGUUAGAGUCAAACCGGCACCUCCGAAGAAUUCUUGACAAACUUCGGUCUCGCAAGUUGGAGAUGGAGUCCCAAGUGGACCUGCUGCAGACUCAGAGUCAGAGACUGCAGAAACGCAUCAGCAACCUGGAGGCAGAAGCGCAGAGGAAGCAGGACCUGUUGAAAGAGCUGGCCGUUGAGGAGAGUAAUGUUUCCUCACAUUUUGAGCCGGAACUCCACAUUGAGGACCUGAGGAAAUCUCUUGGGAUGAACCAAGCCAAAGAGGUGUCCUCUACUCUUUCUCAGAGCAAGGAGGACUUGUCCUUGGACAGUGUGCGGCACUACAUCUCUGCUGAGGGGGUAGCCCUCCGUAAUGCCAAGGAGUUUCUGCUGCAGCAGACACGCUCUAUGCGGAGGCGGCAGACAGCUCUGAAAGCUGCGCAGCAGCACUGGCGCCAUGAGCUGGCCUGUGCUCAGGAUGUGGCCGAAGACUCAACAGACACCAAGGCCUUGGGAGAUGUGCGCAGGAACCUGGAGGAGGAGACCAGGCACCUGGAUGAGAUGAAGUUGGCUAUGCGGAAAGGCCAUAACCUGCUGAAGAAGAAAGAGGAGAAGCUGAAUCAGCUGGAGUCCUCCCUGCGGGAAGAGGACUUAGGCGAGGACACUUUGAAAGAGUCUCCCACCAAGAAGGUGACCUUCGAUCUCAGUGACUUGGAUGGCACAAGCAGUGAAAGUUCCGAUUCUUCCUCUCCGCCUCGCAGCUUGUCCCCAAGUCCCAUCUUUCCCGACAAGAUCCAUGACCUGAGCAGCUCCCUGCAGCGGAUCAGCAGCCAGCUGAACACCGUCCUGGGCCUCCUGGGCAGCCUCAGUGCUCAGCCACCACCGCUUUUCACAUCCACGCCAGCAAACUUCUCCCUCCGGGCCCUCAAGAGCACCUCCACUCCCACCUACUGCCCCUCCUUGGCCAGGGCCUCGGCCUCAUCCCCUGUGACACCCACAUCCACGCAGUGGGCCUGGGACCCGGGGCUGGGCCCUAGGCUCUCCUCUUCCAUGGCUCAAACAGUAGAUGACUUCCUGCUGGAGAAGUGGCGCAAAUACUUUCCAUCAGGCAUCCCACUGCUGAACAACAGCCCUGCCCCCCUGGAGAACAGGCUGGGUUACGUAUCUGCCAGUGAGCAGCUCCGCCUCCUGCAGCGCCCACAUUCCCAAAUCCCCGAAGGGGGCAGCACCAACUUUCAGGGCAUGAUCGAGGCUAACCGAAAGUGGCUAGAAAAUUUCAAGAACGACUCCAAGUUACAUCUCUUCUCCUCGGUGCCCAAGCCAACAGCCACUUCCAGCCUCCUGCAGCUGGGCCUGGAUGAGAAGAGAAGGCUGAAGGUGUUUCACUAUUGAGUCUCUGAAUGGGGACGUGGGACAGCCUGGCCUCUCCUCC